AUGGACGAGGACUCCGGCCUUUCAUUUGGCCACAUCGCGUUUUUAACUUUUGAAUCGGUCCUCCAGGUAGUGAUCGUGGCAUUUUCCGGAUUUUGGUGUGCCUACUCGGGCCUAUUGCCGAAACAGGGGCAAAAAGUUAUCUCCAAGCUCAACGUGGAUCUAUUCACACCCUGCUUGAUUUUCAGCAAGUUGGCUCGCAGUCUCUCUUUGGCGAAGAUUUUGGAAAUUGCUGUGAUACCCCUGUUUUACGCAUUAACGACAAUCGUUUCGUUCGGUUCUGGCAAGCUUAUGGGUCGUAUUCUUGGCCUGGACAAAGAUGAGAGCAACUUCGUGGUGGCGAACUCAAUCUUCGGUAACAGUAACUCGCUGCCCGUAUCGCUAACUGUGUCUUUGGCAUAUACCUUGCCUGGCCUGCUUUGGGAUGAAAUCCCCAAUGACAACUCGGACAAUGUGGCUAGUAGGGGUAUCCUAUAUCUUUUAAUUUUCCAGCAAAUCGGCCAUGUUCUAAGAUGGUCCUACGGUUACAAUACUCUUAUGAGGUGGUCUGGAGAUCGUGGACAGGGUUCAGUGGAGAGCGUUGCUGGACAGCUUGAAGCCCCUGGGAUCAGUUCAUCUGACGCGGCUGUUAACGAUGAGUUUAAUGCCCUCUCCGACCGGACAUCGGGGUCAUUUUACAAAUUUCGUUCUAAAAUGUCUAGGUUCUCUGAAAGGGCCCUUGCUAUUAUGAACCCACCGUUGUGGGCCAUGGUCUUCAGCGUUUUAGUGGCCUGCAUUCAUCCAAUACAGCAUGAAUUCUUCAGCAAUGACGGCUUCAUAAAUAAUACACUUUCAGAUGCUAUUACGCAGCUUGGUGGGAUUUCCAUUCCAUUGAUUUUAGUCGUUUUGGGCUCCAAUUUGUAUCCAUCAAAAGAUACCCCUCAGAUGACGCGAAACUACAAGAAAAUGGUUUUCGGCUCAAUUGUAGGGCGAAUGAUUUUGCCCUCUAUGGUCAUGCUACCGAUUAUUGCAAUUGCUGUGAAGUAUAUCAAGGUCAGUAUUUUGGACGACCCCAUAUUCUUGGUUUGUGGAUUUAUCCUAACCAUCUCCCCACCUGCAAUCCAAUUGACUCAAAUUACUCAAUUGAACGAGUUCUUCGAAAGCGAAAUGGCGGGCGUUUUAUUUUGGGGAUAUGUCGUGUUGUCUCUUCCUAUUAGCAUUUUCGGUGUUAGUGCGGCCAUGUCAGUACUGAGGUGGGCCCAGGAGUCUCACGCUUAA